AGACUUCGGAAUCGACAACUAGAAAUUUCGGAUACCAGGCUGUGCUGCGCGUGCGUGUGAAGCAUCAGAUUCAUCAAAUAAAUCCUGGCCGUCCACCUCCUCUCCCUCUCCUUCCUGCCGAGAGUUUUCACUCUUGCGACAACCUCACCCUGCCCACUGAUCCCACUCCAUCUUUUAUUCCUCACCCCCUCUUAUCUCUCUGCACGUUUCUGAAGAUCUUGGAAGAACCAAAAGAAAAAUGGUGGUAUUUGCCGUGAGCCGGAAGGAAACGAGUCCUAUCGAGGGUCAGAAACCGGGAACGUCAGGCUUAAGGAAGAAGGUUAAAGUGUUCCAGCAACCUAAUUAUCUACACAACUUUGUUCAAUCAACUUUUGAUGCACUUACUGCUGAGAAAGUGCGAGGUGCCACAAUUGUUGUUUCUGGGGAUGGCCGGUAUUUCUCUAAAGAUGCUAUUCAGAUCAUAAUAAAAAUGGCAGCUGCAAAUGGAGUAAGACGAGUAUGGAUUGGUCAAAACGGUCUACUCUCCACACCUGCUGUAUCUUGUGUUAUCCGGGAACGAGUUGGUGCAGAUGGAUCUAAAGCUACUGGGGCUUUUAUUUUGACUGCUAGUCACAAUCCAGGUGGACCAAAUGAGGAUUUUGGGAUCAAGUACAACAUGGAAAAUGGUGGACCUGCGCCAGAGGCUAUUACUGAUAAAAUUUAUGCCAACACAAAGACGAUAAAGGAAUACCUCAUUGCAGAAGACAUUCCAGAUGUGGAUGUUUCUACCAUUGGUGUGACCAACUUUAGCGGACCUGAAGGACUAUUUGAUGUGGAGGUGUUUGACUCAGCCAGUGAUUAUGUACAACUUAUGAAAUCAAUUUUUGAUUUUUCAUCAAUCCAAAAGCUUCUCGCUUCUCCAAAUUUCAGUUUCUGCUAUGAUGCACUUCAUGGUGUUGCUGGAGCUUAUGCCAAACGCAUUUUUCUUGAAGAACUUGGUGCAAAAGAAAGCUCUCUGUUAAAUUGCACUCCUAAGGAAGACUUUGGUGGGGGCCAUCCAGACCCUAACCUGACUUAUGCCAAGGAAUUAGUUGCACGAAUGGGAUUGAGCAAAUCAGAACCGCAAGAUGAGCCCCCUGAGUUUGGUGCAGCUGCUGAUGGUGAUGCUGAUCGUAACAUGAUUCUUGGUAAAAGGUUUUUUGUGACUCCAUCUGAUUCUGUUGCCAUCAUUGCUGCUAACGCUGUUCAGUCUAUUCCUUAUUUUUCUUCUGGGCUGAAGGGUGUUGCCAGGAGCAUGCCAACCUCUGCAGCGCUUGAUGUUGUAGCAAAUAAUCUAAAUUUGAAUUUUUUUGAGGUGCCAACUGGAUGGAAAUUCUUUGGCAACUUGAUGGAUGCUGGACUUUGUUCGAUCUGUGGUGAAGAAAGCUUUGGGACAGGUUCAGAUCAUAUUCGUGAGAAGGAUGGGAUCUGGGCAGUCUUAGCAUGGCUUUCUAUUCUUGCCUACAAGAACAAAGACAACCUCAUUGGGGGAAAGCUAGUGACAGUAGAAGACAUAGUUCGCCAACACUGGGCUACUUAUGGUCGCCACUUUUAUACUCGAUAUGAUUAUGAGAAUGUGGAUGCAGCUGGAGCUAAGGAGCUUAUGGCAUAUUUGGUCAAAUUGCAGUCAUCCAUCCCAGAAGUGAACAAGAUUAUAAAGGAAAUAAGAUCAGAUGUUUCUGAUGCCGCACAUGCUGAUGAGUUCGAAUACAAAGAUCCAGUCGAUGGCUCAGUCUCAAUGCACCAGGGAAUUCGUUACUUGUUCACAGACGGCUCGCGGCUCGUUUUCCGACUCUCCGGAACUGGUUCAGAAGGUGCCACAAUUAGGCUCUACAUUGAACAGUACGAGAAGGAUUCUUCAAAUACAGCAAGGGAUUCACAGGAAGCUCUUGCUCCUCUUGUGGAAGUGGCUCUGAAACUUUCUAAGAUGGAAGAGUUCACAGGACGAUCUGCACCAACUGUUAUCACCUAAGGUUAUGACAAUCAGCAAUUUUUUUGACUUGUUGAAUUGUUUAAAAUAAGCUUGUUUCUAUUUAUAAAUAUUUGUUACUUUUUGCAAUUUCAGAAUUCCUUGCAUCAUAAUUUUGUUUUUGCAGCUUACACAUGAAAUAACCUGCAAGUCAUUUGUAACUUAUCUCAUGCAGAUAAGGAAGAAAUAAUGAUAUAUAUGUUUGUUCUGGUUCUAAAUUUCUUUUUUUUAA